CCGCCGAUAACGAUACCAGCAGAGAAAUUCGGAGACGCAAAGUGGCUGGAAAUCGUACGUACUUUGGACUCCGCAAGACGCUCCGAUCGAAUAGAGUUCGCCGCCGUACCAAACUCAUGUUUUACUUUUGAGAUCCUUAUCUAGAAUGCUAUCAGAAAUCAAGAAGGGGAGUGGUCCUUGAUUCUAGUCUUAAACAAAAAUAACAAAAGCAUGAGGAUUACUACUCCUGGCCACGCCCAUCUUCACCGUAACUAGGGAGAGGAAGGAAGUGUUGAUGUACUUACUUACUUAACGAGAGGCCACCGACUUAGCGACACCCUUAUAAGUACCAUGGAGUUGAAUAAUGAGGAAGGUAUUCGUUGGGUCAGGAUUUGCCUGUAGCUGGCAAUGUAACCGUGGUAGAUCUUACCCCGUAACACACCACGUAAAGGUGUCUACCCAGCAUUACUGCUAAAUUCUUUAAAUGGAGGAAGACAUUACCACUAAUAAAAGGCCCAAUAAAAUGGACGAAGCUAUCAGAAUGCCAGAGCAAGACGUCGACCACACACUCGAACAUCUCUUGGGCGACAUUAUCCACGAGGCGGAGUUGCUCAAACUGAAAAACCACGAGCUGCGUCAGUUGUUACGUCAAACGGAAGCACUAUCACUCCUCCGAGCGGAGUUAUCAGUUGCGUCCUGUUUCAACAACCGGAAUCGGCGCCAGAACGAAUGGCCACCGGAUAAGGAAUUCGUGACAAGGAAUUCACUGUUGACGGAUUUGUUCGAGGUGAAGCACAUCAAGACGAUCUACUACAUCUUUGUAAUCACUCUGAUCGUACUGUUUCUGAACACUGUUGUGUAUGACUUCAUUGACCGAGGGGUUAUAAACUUUGGUUUUCGACCAAUCGUAUUUGUAUUUAGAAAGUUCCAUUUAAGCUUAGCAUUGUGGGCUUGCAUGCAGUUGGUCGUACUGUGUGUCUAUCCGGCAUUCAAGCUAUGGUCUAAAGUGCGUAAUAUUUUUGCAGACAAUCAUAUCCGUAAAGUGUGUGACCUGAGUGCCCUCAUCGGACUUAUCGUGUUCCAGUGUUCAUUCAUCUACUUGGUUAUUGAGGCGGUUCUACAGUUAGAUAUUGCCCCGGUGUCAUCUCUAGCUGCACUCCUAGAGAUGACUCGUUUCGUCAUGAAGGUGCAUUCAUUUGUACGGACCAAUGUUCCACGUGUUCUCGACUCAACCGAGAACGUCACUCAAACGAACAAACAUACACAAACUGUAUCAUCGUUCACCAAAUAUCUGUACUUUCUCUUUGCCCCAACACUCAUUUACAGGGACGAAUAUCCCCGAACACAGCGCAUACGCUGGACGAUAGUACUCCGACACGCUCUGGAAGUGAUUGGAGUGAUCUGCUAUAUGAGCUUCAUCUUCGAGCGAUUCCUCACACCGCUGUUUGAUCGAUUCGGAGAUACCGAGAUCAGUUCUGCAAAGUUUGUACUAAUUUUGUUCGAAAGCGUAAUGCCUGCCACAUUAAUAUUUUUAUGUGGAUUUUUCCUCCUGUUGCAUUCUUGGCUAAACGGAAGCUCCGAAUUACUACGCUUUGCAGACCGAAUGUUCUAUGGAAACUGGUGGAAUGCUUCAUCGUUUGUGGAAUUUUUCCGUUUAUGGAAUGUGGCGGUUAGCGAUUGGCUUUACGCCUUUCUCUACAAGGAGUCGAUACAACUUUUGUUCAAGAACCACCGGUUGCUGGCAACGAUUCUGGUGUUUACCGUAUCGGCGAUAUUUCAUGAGGUGAUUAUGGCGUUCUCUUACCGAUUCUUCUAUCCGGUGAUGUUCGUGGGGUAUGAGUUUGUGGGACUCUCGCUGCUGUUUCUGACAAGGAAUAUAAACAAGACCGCCGGAAGUAUCCUAUUGUGGUUUUUGCUGUCUAUUGGCAACGGUAUCCAGAUGAGUCUCUACCAUAUGGAGUACUAUGCCCGGAAAAAUUGCCCGUUAAGCAGUAACGAUUCACUACUUGUUGACUAUUUUAUUCCGGUUUCGUGGUCGUGUAAUGGGAUUACAAACAAUUCGAACUGGACGUUCAGAGGCGUAGAAUAUUAAUAAAAAAUACGAAUUUCAAAACAGUUUACAUGGUAUUUUUGAAAAAGUGAAGUACGUGGUGGAAGAUGCGGCUGACCGUGGCGGGACUUAGCUAGGAAGCAGUGCAACAAUCGACUGGACUUGAGGUAAUUAGAAAACACUUCAGGCUUGAAGUUGCUUUUCGAUUCGAUUCAUCCCUGCACUAUAUGAACCGUGUAACAGAACCUUAUAUGAUCGAUUUCCAUAAAAUGGGGCACGGAAUCUGAACUAUGCCCAAAGAGAACCUUUAACAGAUAGGAGUUUAAAUGACAUGUACAUGAUUGAAGGUGAAUUUUGGAAAUGGCAACAAGAAAUACUAUGCGUGACCUAAUUGUAAGAAUUAUGGACAGCAACAUUACAAAGAUGGUAAUUGCUGAAAAUUCUAUUACUACAAGAAGGGGUGGUGCUUGGGGGGAACGGUCUAUUCGAUCUAUAGAUACAAUAUCAUAGGGCCCAAUCGAAGAUGAAGUAGAGCAGGAGUAGAACAAGCACUGUGGCGUGUGGUCAAAAAAAUAAAUAUCGCUUUAUGGAAGCUGUUUCGUAAUUUUAUUUAACCUCUCCGUUAUCAACCCCCCUUUUGAAAAUGAAAAUAAAAAUCUUUUUGGUUGUAGCUAUUUUGUCUUUCAACAAUUUUUUCCGCAACAUUCACCA